CAAAAUACUAUCACGACAAGUAAUUGUCAAAAGCCGUACCUACAAAAUGACGAAACUUUAACCCCAAUAUAAAAAUAAAAAUCAACAUGUAAUUCAAUAUACUUUCACCAUCCACCGCCCUUUAUAACUCUCAGAACAGCCGACUUCACCACAGAAAUGGGUAAACCAAAAUUCGAUCCGCCAACCAACACCUUCCCGUAUAAGAUAGCUAAACGUUUGAACAUACUGAGUGUCCCUAGGAAGUACAUUAUCGAUACCGGCGAAGGAAUGCCGGCUUAUACCCCGAGGGGGAUAAGGAAGUCGGCAUUAAACAGUCAACUCUCUGAUCGAGUGCACGAUGUGUCCUGGCCUUAUUUGCGACGAUUCCUAAUAUUAAAAAAGACCUACAAGCAGAGGUUUAACGAGGAACGCUUGGAGCGUAUAGAUCGAAUGAUUGAGGCAGCGAAUGCGACGUGCUACUCGAAGCUCGCCAACUGUGUAAUCGAUCUUAAGAAACAAGACACUAAGGACGUCAAAAAGAAGAAAGGUUGGACCGAAAGCGAAUGGAAGAAACACAUGGAUUACAUCAGUCAGAUAGCCGGACCGAAACGUGACUUUAGGCCACCUCCAGCUAAAAGAGGUCAAAGUAAACCAUUGGAAGCAUUACUACCAAGGCUCAUGCAGAUAUCGUCGAGACCAAUGUUCAAGAUUUACAAGAGACUUUCACAGGAGACGUGGUACAGAAACCCUGAGAAGGUGGCACCAAAAGCACUGAAGUACGUCAUAUCAGACAGGGUUAAGAAGUUGGCCGUUGCGAGAGUUGUACCGCAGCCGGGAGCUUUCGACUAAAGCACGCACCCUAAGCAACUACAAUAAUAAUCCCAAACUAGCAAAACUACUACAAGAAAAGCUUAGGAGAAAUAUAAUAAAAUUCAACUUUGUUUCCAUUUAAUAAAUUCACCAACAACAUUCAAAUCUGAAUAAAUAAAAAUACCAUUUAACAA